AUGCAUCUCAUGAGGAGUGAAUUGGUCAGCUUCUCCUUGAGAAUACGAACUCCAAGGAUGGCUAUUAUCUAUCUCAACUCGGAGGAAGAAUAUGAGGACCCAGUUGAUGAAGCACCCUAUGCCCAAAGAAUUACUAGGCGGAGUGAGGAUGAAACAGACACUUUGUGGGGGAAACUUCCACCACGUGAGGCCUACGUUGGGAUGCCAUUCUUGACCCUCCUGACAUGGAUGAUAGUUAACCGCCAUGUUAUGAGAUUACCUAAGAGGCUAUGUGAGCAUUGUGGUAUCGAGCUAGAUGAAGCAGGCAUUGUUAGACUAGGCCUUACCACAAGGGGCUCCAUCACCACAUGUACCUACAGUAUGGACACAGACGGUCGCACUAUCUUUAGUGUGGCUGGGUGGAGCAACUUCCUUGCUGCCAAGAAUCUCCCGAUUGGAGAGGUUGUCUUAGUCACUAUAAGGUACACCCCAUAG